UCUUUAAAUAUUCAUUAGAAGAUUCCAUCUUCGUACGCUUCGGAUUUCAAUUCGAGUCUCCGGGUUUUGAGUUUUUGUUUCGAUCCUCAAUCCGCACCCAAAAUUCUUCAAAUGGAUUCUCUCCUUUUCUGUUUUUGCCGAUUCCCGGUAUCUCCACCAUGGUUUCAAUCUCUUUCACUGGGGUUUUUGUGCUCAAUUCCACAAUAAAACAGUCACCAUCCGAUAUCGUCAACCACCAGUCGAUUCACUUUAGUAAGCUCCCACUUCCCUGCAAAUUAAUUCAAGAUUUUAACCUCUUUUUUCCUUUCUUCAUUUGGAUUCGAGAGUUUUCUUGAUAUGAUUCAUCAUGGGGAUCGAAUUCCGUUCUGUUUUGGCGUGAAUGGGAUUGGACUUCCUUCCGAGGUUGAAGCUGCUGAAGUUGCCUCGAUUUUAGUUGGUAGUUGAACACACUGUUGAAUUGCUCAAACUGAUUUCAUUUCGAAAUUUGAGUUUCGAUUGGUGCGGAAAGGAGUUUUUGAGUUGAGGAUAUUUGGAGAAUGAUGUCUUCUGGAAUAAACUUGGUGAUGACUGUGAUUGGAUUCACUGUGAGCACUUUGUUCAUCGUGUUCGUCUGCACAAGGCUUGUUUGUGCUCGGAUUCAUCUCAAUGCUUCAAGGCGCUCCUUCCCAAUCGCUUCUAGAUCCGAUCUCAGUGGGCUGGAACGGGGAUUACACGGUCUAGAGCCUUUGGUUGUAGCCAACUUUCCAACUAAGAAAUACAGUGAUGAAUACUUCUCAUCCAUGAGAAAUUCUCAAUGCACAGUUUGCUUGGCAGACUAUCAUAGUGAAGAUUUAUUGCGCAUUCUUCCCAACUGUGGACACUCCUUCCAUGUGAACUGCAUAGACAUAUGGCUGCAUCAGAACCUAACAUGCCCGGUUUGUCGUAUAUCGUUACGUGACGUCCCAGACAAGAAACGAACGAUGCAACCCUUGUUUAGUUCAGCAAUUCGCUCCCAUUACAACCUCAACUCAGAUGCCUAUGCUCAUCCCUGCCACGAGUUCCCAUUACGAGACCUCGAAAACAGUGGGUUGGAUCAACCAAUCCAAGAGAACCGCCGCUCACCUAGGACCAAUGGAGCAGCAGAACACCUUGAGAACACGUCCUCGUUCAUCGUCAAAGGUAACCAGAAUAGUAAAAAUGUAGAAAGCCCAUCAAAUGCUUGAACUUCCCUUAACUAUGUGCUUAGAAAGAUUGUCUGUCCUGUUGUUUACCAUUGUGUAUAAGUGCAGUUUGUAGUGAAUUAUUAGUUCAUCUCUCUCUCUCUUAUAUUUGAACCAAUGCAUGCUGAGACGAGGCUUUUAAGUGUUCAGCUAAA